AUGAAGGUUGUUGUGGAAAGAGUCCUUGUUGAUACAAGACAUCGAUGGUGCAUGUGGCACAUCAUGUUUAAAGUUGUGGAAAAGUUACCAAAGAGUCAACUUGGCAAUGAAGAUUUGAAAAAGGAGUUAAACAGUUGUGUUUGGUCUGAGUUGAUAGAGCCUGAAGAAUUUGAAGAAUCCUGGAAUAAUGUAAUGGAAAAAUAUGGGCUUAAGGACAAUGAGUGGUUUUCCUCUAUGUUUGACUCACAAAAAUAUUGGAACAUAUUCUUCAAGAGGUACUCCAAGUCUCGAUCUAAUCUUGUUGAAUUUCUUAUGUAUUACAAUAAUGCAUUGGAUGGCCAAAGGAGCAACAAUAAUAGCCUUGAAUACUUGGAUUUUAACACAAUUCCAACUUUGAAAACAAAUUCGGCUCUUGAGAAGCAUGCAUCAACAAUUUAUAGUGACAGUGGUUUCAAACUAAUUCAGAGUGAGAUUGAGGAAGCAGUCGAUAAUGUCACUAUGGUGACAGUGUCAACCGUUGGUGAGAAUGAGAUUUAUGUGGUUAAUGAUAAGUUCUCAAAGAACUGGACAAUUUCAUAG